GCCUCCAUAUCCUCUCGCUCACCGCCCUGUCUGCUGGCAUCGCUCGUCCGCUUGGUCCAUCCAUCCAUCCAGCUCAGUCCCCUUCCCCAGCACAACCCUCUACGCCGGUUCAUGAGCACCUUGCAGACACUAGUCUACCCGCGCCUGCAAGUGCUUCUGGCCAAGCUCAGGGCAAGGGCAAGCCACCAUGACCGCAAAGUCCUGGCAUCCUUUGCCGAGCAGCUUCAGACCCUUGCCGACUCUCCCCAGCCCAACAUCCAUGCCCUCUAUGGUUUGGCACUGGUACCAAAGCCCGACUCUGACGAGCUUGUUGACCUCCAUGCCCGUUUAUCGCUGACGUCCUUCCUCUGGGGCUCUGUCGAUAAACCCGACCGAGCAUCGGUCAAGAUCAUCUUGGACCAGACCGUCAACCACAUGGAGUAUCGCCGUCAGAAUACAGCAUCCGACGGCCUCUCCCUGCACGUCGACCACGACAGCAUCAUCUGGCAUCUUCGGACCCUCAAUGCGGCCAUGGCCGUCGACAAAUCGGCGAUCGACUUUGCCGUCCUUUCCAAGCUCAAGGCAUAUACGGACGAAGGCUCCUCGCUGCUCUGGGGCGUCGAUCAGGUCAUCGAGUCGAUCGAAGCCGCCCUUACAUCUCCCUUCCGACGCAUCCUGGAGAGUUGCAUCCAAAUAAUGGACAAUAUCCUUCCCGAUGAAGAUGCAGACACAACAGGUGACGGAUUCGGAUCGGCGCUCUCAUCGCCACCGUCGUCUCCGCUGGACCUGCGCAGUGAUAACUCGCAGAGCGCAUCCACUUCGAGCCCCGAGUGGGCUCUUGUCAAGUCUGGAGGAGAGAUCCCGCUGGAUGCCGAGUCGGUCGGGCGCGACAUCAACGACCAGCCCCUCUUCGCUGCCCGGGUCGAUUACAAGAGCGGCAAGCACAUUGGAAAGGCCGGGCGACACUUCCCGGGCAUAUACAUCUCCUACGCCGGCUCCGAGAUCCAGCUUGGCGGUCCGUUCGAGGUCCUGGUGCACCUGGGCAACACCCAUUGGGAAGAGAUCAAGAAGGGCUCCCAUAUCCCAAAGAACGCUGUCGUUGGCGGAUUCGAAAGUGACGGCCAGCGCCUGUACAUAGGCCGAGCAGUUGCCAGCUCAAGCAAAGGCUUCUUAAUAAGCACACGGAUCGAAAGCUUGGUGCCCGGCAAGGUCGGCAGCCACCUUGGUGGCAUUAAUCUGCCGUUUGAUACCAAGGAGCUCGCGCUUGGCGACUAUGAAAUCCUCGUUACCAACGAUGCUGCAUAGCCUCGUUUGGUCUGGUUUGUCGGUGCUCUGCUGUCGGCGCUCUGCUGAAUAUAUGUCUUCUCGCAUGGCUCUUUGAUGGAA